AGGAUUUACACUGCUCCCGGUUCUGAUAAAGGGGGAGCUUUCCAUCACGUCUUUUUCCUUGCAGGGUGGGCACACACUCACACACACACACACACACACACACACACACCCCGUACUGAGCACCGCAGUCUUCACUUCAUUAACUGCAGAGCCUGAACAUGGCGAGCGGACGGACGGUGAGAGUAGAAUGUGAGGGAGUGAGUGUGUUUCUGCUGAUGGUCCUCGUUGCACUCCACCACACUGUGAAAGCGGAGGUGAGGAAGUUGGACAUGGCUCCUGAUGCAGUAGAUGACGACUUCUCACAGUGUCGAGACAAAAUGCUGAAGGCUGUUACUGAACCAGACGGCCUGCUGCAGAAGGAACUCAACUCUGAUGAAAAGUUUAAGGAGUUGUGGGAUGAAAACAGUCAAGUUUGCAAUAAAACCAUUCCUGGUGGAACAUCUUAUCACAUCGCUGCUCUACAGGUGUAUGGAAAUUCUAAGAGUAAAUUUAGAAAAACUUUCAAUGAAUUGGUUUAUAGCAAAGGCAGAAACAACAUGACCUACAGAGACAAAUUUCCCUUGAAGUCUCUUCACUUUCUCCUAACAGACACGCUGCAACUGCUGAGCCGUACAAAAACCUGUAAGACCGUGUUCUACGCCACCCAUAACAUGUACACAGCAGAUACAGGAACCGAAGUCAGAUUCGGAAAGUUUCUCAGAGCCGAAACCUCUCUGAGCUCUGAGACUGAAGUUUUGGACUUCAGUAGUGGCACCUUGUUUAACAUCACUUCCUGUUCUGUGGUUAAUGUUGAAAAGUACACGUGUAAAGCUGAGGAACUCCAGUGUAUUAUUUCUCCAGCUGAGGUCUUCACAGUGCAGAACAUUGGAGACCUUACCAUAGAUGAUGCCACAUAUAAACAAAUCACUUUAACACACUCACACUUCCUCCACAAUCAUGACUGCUCUUUCUUCCACAGGAACGCCGCGGAUGUUGACUCCUCCAUCUCUCUGACUUUUACACUUCUGGCACUGACGGCAUCCUUGUUGCCUCAGUUUACAGCGAUGGCGUGACUCACGUGUUCAUCUAUAUGUUUAUAUGAAUUUAUUAGAAUUUUUAUUGUUAGAUUUUUUUCUCAUUGCACAUUUCAGUUCCCCUUUUAAUUUCAUCCAUGAUAAGAAGUACAGGGAGCAGUCUCGGGUAAUGACAGACAAACAAAAAUCAGAUUAUAUUAUAAGUGUAAAAUUAUAGUGACCUCAUGUUUUGUUGUGAACACAGCAGUCCUCAGAUUAACUGGUUCAGAUGUUAGAGCAGGAACACAUACAUGGAAUAAUUCUACUGUAUAUUGUAAUUGAGAUAGAAAUUUAGAAAAGAAGUGACUAAUUUCUGUAGGCCUCAAUGCUGGGGUGUCACAGAUUUGUCAAACACUGUUACCCUGAUGAGUUUAAUAUGACUUCAUUAUUACUUGUUUCUUUGACGUAAGUAGACAGGAAGUAUGAGAGAGAAGAAGGAAAGAGGGAAGUAACUGGUCAAGAGUUAUCUGAGUUUAAAGAAUGUUAAAACUUUGUACCACAUAUCUGAACUGAUUUAUUUUUGUCUCUGAGCUUUUUGUCCAUAGAGACACAUCUCAGAAAGCAGCACAAUUUAAAAAAUCCUCAUAUUUUCCAUCAGUGUCGGUUUAUUACACAUACUGUAUGAGAAUGUUAAAUUCGCUGUGAAAUAUUUUAUCAAGUCCCUGAGAUACAGAACAAUUCUUCUUCUGGAUCUUCUGUAUGAUCUGGAUUUUCCUGAUCUUAUGUAAUCUUAUGUAUCUUAAGUGAUCUAAUGUAAUAAGCCCUAGGUGUUUUUCUUGUAUGACUGUUGUUAUGCUUUAGAUUAGUGGGUCUAUUUUAGUUCCUGUGGAUAAAUUACACAUCUGAAGUGACUGAGCGCUGUCUGUGUUUGUGUUCCAGUUAAAUCCACCCAGUGUGAGAGAAAGUGUUGGAAUAAAGUGAAUGCGGUCA